AUGUGCGCAUCGAGGGCACUGAUAGUCCAAACUGAUACCCCCUCUCGCUCAGUACCUCCAGCCACGCCCUCCCACUCGCUGUAUUCACUCUCUCCCGCACUGAGUCGCCAUCUGCUCUUGCUCACUCUUGGUGUCCAGCUAUUUUCGCCCGCUCUCGGUAUCCGGCUAUUCACUAUGGGUCUGCAGAUACUCACCCACCGGGUACCAUCGUUUUUUGUUGUUGAUCCUACAUAUCACCCUUCCUCCUUGGGUAUCAUUUGCUUGAUUGUACAAGCCCGCUGUGCAUGCUGCCAACACGAAGACAAGCGCUUCGAUGUUGCAGUAGUGGUCUAUGUCGCUUUGCCUCGCAUAUCGGAGAAAGCCCGAUGCCAACGUGCUUGUUCAACGUACUCUGUUAUCAGCCGUUACCAUGUACUCAAGUCCGUCCUUACAUCGGGGCACCGUACUGUGGAGCUCGCCAAUGGAUGGGCUGGGCUAGUAAUUACGACAGAGAGUUGCUUUGACUAUCUCAAUGGUGCCAUAGUUACUCUCGAUACUUACGCUCUCAGUCUCUUUCACCUGGGUGUCUUGGUGAAGAAGGAAAAUGACUCACGCUCUACAGCAAGCCAUUGA